GUUUGUUACUGUGGUUCUGCGAAUGAUGGAAGGUGGUUUAGACAGACUAUUCCACAAAUACGGACUGCAAUUUUUCUUCUUCCAGAUCGAAGGAUCUAGUGUGAGCUUGACUUUCCUCAUGUGGUUACAAUAACCACAGCCCCCUGCCUAUUUUGUGCCUGCAUACCGACUCCGUGGAGUUCUGUACCCACAAUGCAGAGCCCAAAGGUUCCAGUCCAACCGAGAUUGAUAUUGGCCAAGGCCGCCUUACGAUCCCUGUACUAUCUCAAUGUACAGCCAUGGCUCAGCGAGUGACCCACGAAGAGAGAAUUAUAGGCAAACGAACCAUGCUGCCGGAAGAUAGCUACAACGACCGGCUCUUGCAAAGUCCACCGCCCUCUCCUUUUAAAGGGCUGCUGCCACCCGGUUUGAACGACUUCUACUCCCUUCCACUCACCACACCUGCCAAUCGCUUUCCCGUCCGUUUCGAGCAUUUCAAUCGCUGGAUCAUUCCAACUUCAGUCAUUCGCUUGUCGUGAAGAAAUUUAGUCACUAGUUAAGAAAGAUGGUUCGUCUAUUGAAGUACACUGGCGCCAGCGCCCUACUGGCUGCCACCGCAAAUGCCAGCUAUCCUGCGCCUGAGGAGUCUACUACCCCUGGAUACCCGGUCAGCACCCCGUCUACUCCUACAUACCCGGUCAUAAGCACCUCCACGGAGUACCCGGCUUCGUCCACCACAGACGACUGCCCUCCGGAGACUGAGAGCGAGACCUACAGCGUCUCUUCGGCGACUUAUCCUACCAUUAGCAUAACCUCGUCGUACUCAGCUUCAACUUCAACUGAGUACCCUACUACAUCGAGUAGCGUCAUCACCACUCCCGGAUACCCAACUUAUCCCGUGGAGACUCCCCCCGUCAGCAGCACCUCGCAGACGUCUCCCGUCGAGACUCCUAGCUACCCAGUUGAGACUCCGUCUUACCCCGUUGAGACUCCUCCUGUUAGCAGCAUCUCCACGACAUCUGCUGUCACUACCACGUCCUACCCGGUUGAGACUCCCUCAUACCCGGUUGAGACCCCGUCUUACCCCGUUGAGACUCCCCCGAUCAGCAGCAUCUCCACGACCUCUGCUGUCACUACCCCGUCUUACCCUGUUGAGACUCCCAGCUACCCGGUAGAGACCCCCAAGUACCCUACCGGCGGCAACUCGACCGUCCCCGGCUACCCCACUGCUCCCCCUCCCUCCACCUCGACUCUGUCGACCAUCUACAGCAUCACCUCAUUCACCACCCCCAGCUACCCCACCCAGCCCCCAUCGUCAACCACCCCUCCCGCCAUCCCCACCGCUGGCGCCGCCAUCGUCGGAACUGGUGCCACGGGUGCCGUUGUCGGUCUCGCCGCUUUCCUGGUGGCUCUUUUCUAAAUCAGGAAAUAGACAAGUGACGGGUGGAUGAACUGGACGGAGGAAUGGAGAUAGGAGUCUAAAGGAGAGGAGUAGUGGAAGGGAAGGAAUGGGUACAGGAACGGAAGCAGGAAGGAAGGAAGGGAAGGGAAAGGGAAGAAAGAACACGAUACUAAUUGCAUUCACGUGGAACAUGAUUCUUUACACAUUGGUAGACUUUUAUAUCCGUGUUAGGAACUUACGUUCGCCCGGCUGAAGAAGAACUCCUAAUGGAGGUUUGCUCGGCUUGGUGGGUACUAGGCAACUCCGACACCAAGCUAUUAAUUGAAUUUUUAAUAAUGUAGAUAAUUUAUUUUUAUUUUAUCUUACCUAUAAUACCUCAGAAGCCUAGCUGUUCCG